AUGCACUCAAUUACGUCUGAACGCAACGGUCAAUCGAAUUCAACUGUCGGCAUAUGUAGAAUGACUUGUAAACGCUCCCAGAGAUCACACGAACUUCAAGGUCACGUCGCGCGAAAUUUGGACAAACAAUUUGUAACAGUACUUUCAUUAGAAGAACGAAUAGCAUGGCUCUGGGCAAUUCUAAUCGCAUUCAGUAUACCUGAAGUGGGCGUGUUCCUAAGAUCACUCAGAAUAUGUUUUUUCAAAAGCUAUAAAAAACCAACUCUUGGGCAAUUUGUCGCGGCCUUCUUAAUAGAAACUCUACAUACAUUCGGAAUAGCGAUGUUGGUACUGAUAAUUCUACCGCAACUAGAUGUUGUCAAAGGUGCUAUGUUAAUGAAUGCUUUAUGCAUGAUACCAGGUGUGCUAAACGCCCUCUCUAGAGAUAGAACUGAUUCGCGCUAUCUGUUAAAGAUAGUGAUAGACGUAUUUGCAGUUUCUGCUCAAGCUACUGCUUUCGUACUUUGGCCGCUACUCACCCAAGACUACAUUCUAUGGACUAUUCCUGCAGCAUGCUUUUUGAUAUCAUUGGGUUGGUGGGAAAACUUCGUGGGAUCUAUGCGAAAAAAUACUCCAGGUUUGCGUACUUUGCAAGAACUACGUGAAGGACUUAAAAAAACUAGAUAUUAUAGCCACCGAUUCUUAUCCAUCUGGAAAAUAAUAGUUUUCAUGUGCUGUAUUUUGAUAUCUAUGAUGAUACAGAAUGACGAUGCAUGCACAUUUUUUAGUAAAGCACGAGAUGCCUUUAGUGAACGUUAUUACAACAUUUCCGAGGUUCGGAUAGUACAGGAUCCAUUUGAAGGUAUGUUGGGGUACGACCUAGUUGGAGACGCAGUGUCGCUGCCAGUUACAUGGGGUGCUUCCUUAUGGGUGGUGUUAAUUCAAGUGGCAGCUGCAUAUGUCUGUUACAGUGCUGGAAAAAUUGCUUGCAAAAUCCUUAUACAAAACUUCAGCUUUACAUUCGCGUUAAGUCUGGUCGGGCCAGUUACAAUAAACCUGCUUAUUGUCUUCUGCGGUUUAAAGAAUUCAGAUCCGUGUGCAUUUCAUGGCACUAUACCAGAUUAUUUGUUCUUUGAUAUUCCACCGGUGUAUUUCCUAAGAGAGUACAUAGCUCGUGACAUGGCGUGGGUGUGGCUAUUGUGGCUGUUGUCACAGGCGUGGAUUACGAUCCAUACCUGGCAACCACGGUGUGAACGACUGGCUGCUACUGACAAACUGUUUGCUAAGCCCUGGUACACUGGAGUUUUGAUUGAUCAGUCUUUGCUCCUCAAUAGGACUAAGGAUGAAGAUCAUGACAUUUAUUUUGAGGAAUCGCCGCCGAAUGAUGAUAACCGUUCUAUUACCAGUAUUGACAAGGUAUCAAAAGACGUUAAACCCACUGACUGUGCAACAAGAAUUUACGUCUGUGCUACUAUGUGGCACGAAACAAAAGAAGAGAUUAUGGAGUUCUUGAAGUCUAUUAUCCGUAUGGAUGAAGAUCAAAGUGCGCGACGAGUUGCGCAAAAAUAUUUGGGCAUCGUUGAUCCUGAUUAUUAUGAAUUAGAAGCCAAUAUUUUCAUGGAUGACGCUUUCGAAGUAUCAGAUCACAGCGUGGAUGAUUCCCAAGUGAAUCGAUUCGUAAAAUUGUUAGUGGACACGGUCGACGAAGCUGCCUCCGAGGUUCACCUCACUAACAUUAGGCUCAGACCACCGAAGAAGUACCCCACACCAUACGGUGGGCGGCUAGAAUGGACUCUUCCUGGAAAGAACAAAUUAAUUUGUCACCUCAAAGACAAGUCUAAGAUCCGCCACAGGAAACGUUGGUCCCAGGUGAUGUACAUGUAUUAUUUCCUGGGCCACCGUCUAAUGGACCUGCCGAUUUCGGUCGACCGUAAGGAAAUGAUGGCCGAGAAUACUUACCUACUUGCUCUGGAUGGCGACAUUGAUUUCAAACCACAAGCUGUUACGUUACUUAUCGAUCUCAUGAAGAAGAAUAAAAACCUAGGAGCUGCGUGCGGCCGUAUUCAUCCAGUGGGUUCUGGCUUUAUGUCAUGGUACCAGAUGUUUGAGUAUGCGAUUGGUCACUGGCUGCAAAAAGCGACAGAACACAUGAUCGGUUGCGUGCUGUGUAGCCCUGGAUGCUUCUCUUUAUUUCGAGCAAAGGCUUUGAUGGACGAUAAUGUCAUGAAGAAAUACACAUUGACUUCACACGAAGCCAGGCAUUAUGUGCAGUACGAUCAAGGAGAAGACCGAUGGUUAUGCACAUUAUUACUCCAGCGCGGCUAUCGAGUUGAGUAUUCGGCCGCAUCUGAUGCAUACACCCACUGUCCGGAGAGAUUUGAUGAAUUCUUUAAUCAACGCCGUCGAUGGGUACCCUCCACUAUGGCUAAUAUCUUAGAUCUACUAGCAGAUGCCAAGAGAACUGUAAAGAUUAAUGAUAAUAUAUCUUUGUUAUACAUUACAUAUCAGACGAUGUUAAUGGUUGGCACAAUCUUGGGUCCUGGCACGAUAUUCUUAAUGAUGAUCGGUGCCAUUAAUGCUAUCACUGAAAUAAGCAACUUCAACGCACUCAUUUUGAAUCUUGUACCCGUUUUAUUUUUCAUCAUUAUUUGCAUGACUUGCAAGGCUCAAACACAGCUGUUCGUUGCAAACAUAAUAACUUGCGUUUACGCUAUGGUUAUGAUGUUGGUUUUGAUCGGCAUUGUUCUACAAAUUGUACAAGACGGCUGGACGGCACCUUCCAGCAUAUUUACAGUUGCUACAUUUGGCAUAUUCUUUAUAACAGCCGCGCUACAUCCUCAGGAAAUAAUCUGUUUAUUAUACAUAACUAUUUAUUACAUAACCAUCCCGAGUAUGUAUAUGUUGCUGAUAAUAUACUCGUUAUGUAAUUUGAACAAUGUUUCGUGGGGAACGAGGGAGGUAGUGCAGAAAAAAACUGUUAAGGAAUUAGAAAUGGAACGCAAAGAAGCAGAAGAAGCCAAGAAGAAAAUGGACAAUCACAGUUUACUGAAGUGGUUUGGCAAGUCGGAGGAGAAGAGCGGCUCUUUUGAGAUGGGCGUAUCGGGUCUUUUCAAAUGUAUGUGUUGUAUGAAUCCUAAGGACCACAAGGAAGACCUACAUUUACUUCAAAUUGCCAACGCAAUCGAAAAGGUUGAAAAGAGAUUGGAAGCACUUGGGGCUCCUGAAAUGGUGGAACCAAUGACUCGUCGGCGAUCAUCGGUGAUGAGUCGAAAGAAGUCCGUGGACCCCCUCACCAUGUUGCCGGAGUAUAUUGACAGUGAUGACUCUACAGAUAUACCAAGGGAAGAAAGAGACGAUUUGAUAAAUCCAUACUGGAUAGAAGAUCCGGACCUUAGCAAAGGAGAAGUGGAUUUUUUGACGACUGCUGAAACAGAAUUCUGGAAAGAUCUUAUUGACCUCUAUCUGCGGCCCAUUGAUGAGAACAAAGAGGAACUGGCACGCAUCAAAACCGAUUUGAAGAACUUACGCGAUACAACUGUAUUCUCAUUUGUAAUGCUGAAUGCUCUGUUUGUGAUGGUCAUCUUCCUAUUGCAAAUGAACCAGGACCAACUACAUUUCAGAUGGCCUUUUGGACAAGACGUUAGCCUCUCUUUUGACAAUAAUGCGAAUUUGAUAACUAUAAACCAAGAGUAUCUGACGCUGGAACCCAUUGGCUCAGUGUUCCUUAUAUUCUUCGGGUCUGUGAUGUUAAUUCAGUUUACGGCGAUGUUAUUCCAUCGGCUUGGUACGCUCACGCAUCUACUUUCCACAACAACUCUGAACUGGUACUUCAGCAAAGGUGCAGAUGAGAUGUCAGAAGACGCCCUUAUCCAGAAAUAUGCAGUUGAAAUAGCCAAGGACUUGCAGCGGCUGAAUACAGACGAUUUGGACCGGCAAGGAAUAAAAGAUGAUCACGUAUCGCGCAGGAAGACGAUUUUCAACUUGGAGAAAGCUCGGGAUGUCAAACAAAAUGUAGUGAAUCUCGAUGCAAAUUUCAAGCGAAGGCUCACUAUUUUGCAGAAUAACAGUAACUCAGAGGUGAUCUCCCGGCUGCCGUCGCUGGGCGCGGACCCGGCGAUGCGGCGCGCGACGCUCCGCGCGCUGCAGACGCGCCACGACUCCGUCAGCGCUGAGCGGCGCCGCUCGCAGGCGCAGCCACGGAAUUCUACCAACGACUUCCUUUUCAAUGCUGACCAUAUUUCGCUCACCGAUCUGGGUGGGCGCGCCUCCACCUCAGGAGCCUACCUUAACCGCGGCUAUGAGCCCGCAUUCGACAGCGACGAGGACGGCCCGAUGCCACGAAGGAGUACCGUGCGCUUCAGAGAACAAUUUGCCUGA